GUCCCAGGCGGCGGUGUGUUGGAGCCCCGCGCGAGGCGGCGUCUGGGUGGCCCCCGCCGGCGGGGUGCUGCGGGACGCGGCGGCGGUGGACAGCCCGCAGCUGGCGGCGGCGCUGGUGGCGGCGGCGGGGCUGCCGCUGCUGGAACUGCCGGCGGGGGUGGCGGAGCUGAUGACACGGCACAUGGUUUCCAAGCCCCGCACCUGCUCCCCCGCACUCGCCCGCCAAGCCCUCCUGGAGGCCUCCCACGCUGCUGCUGCCGCUGCCAGCCCCCAACCCGACCCCGACCCCGCGCUCCGCUCCCACGCACCCCACCUCCUGGACUACUGCCUCAGCGACCUGCAUGCAGCGCAACCCCAGCAGCAUGCAGCACACUCCUCCCAGCAGCACUCCUCCCAGCAGCAGCAGCAUCGAGGACUGCCGGCCCCAGGGACCCCGGCUGCUGCCGCUGCUUGGAGCUCGCAGCAGGCGGGUCAGCUGGUGGGGUUGCGGCUGCUGCCGCUGCUGGACGGUACCACCGCAACCCUGCAGCAGCAGCAGCAGCUGCAGCAGCCGGGUGCUACUGCUGCUUCCGCUGGCAGAACCCUGGCGCAGCAUCAGCAGCAGCAAGGGGGAGCAACACUCUUCUUCGUGCCGUCUGAGGAGGAGCGGUUGUUGCUGGCCAGGACGGCCGGCCUGCUGGUGGAUGUGAGCGGGUUGAGUCCCACGGGUCAGUCCAAGCUGCGCUCCCUGGCCGCCUCCCGCCUGCUCAACUUGGCUCAGCUAGGGCCGCAAGACAUGGCGACCCGGGUGCUGCCGCGCGUG